UCAAGCCAUUUCAAUCUCAUCAAAAACAAUCAAAGCUCAUAUCGCUCUUUUAAAUUCAAAACCCUAGAAAUUCAAUUUCUAUUUUCUCUCUCUCAAGCUUUCGAAAAAUGUCUGGACGUGGAAAGGGAGGCAAGGGAUUGGGCAAAGGAGGAGCAAAGAGGCACAGGAAAGUGUUGAGAGAUAACAUCCAGGGGAUUACAAAGCCAGCUAUUCGUAGGCUUGCUCGUAGGGGUGGUGUCAAGCGUAUUUCUGGGUUGAUUUACGAGGAGACACGUGGAGUGCUUAAGAUCUUUUUGGAGAAUGUGAUUCGUGAUGCUGUGACCUACACUGAGCACGCUAGGAGAAAGACUGUUACUGCUAUGGAUGUUGUGUACGCUCUCAAGAGGCAGGGAAGGACCUUGUACGGAUUUGGAGGUUAAAUAUUGGGGGUUAGGGUUUAUAGUNUUUGGGGGUUAGGGUUUAUAGUGUUUUUGUUGUUAGUGAUUGUAGAUUUCAUGUUUGUUUUAGCGGUCAGUUUAAGCUAGGGUACUUUAAGUUUCUGUUGUUAAGGUCUGGAUAUUGUAAUUCCUCGUUAUAAAAUCAAGUAAUAGAGACCAUUUCCUAGAAAUAUUUUGCAUUUACUACAUUGCAUAUCCUCGCUCUUUUUUGUUUAUUGGAAUUGUCGGGUGUUUCACAUUGA